GACAGAAUACGCCGUUAGUCCAACCAGCAGAUGUGAAAAAUGGUAGCGAGAGUGCACACCCGUGUGAGCGUGCCCCACACCCGUGUGAGCCGUGAGGCGUGAGCGUGACCCAUUGCCGCCAUGAAACAAGCACAUGGCUAGCAAUUGCAGGCGGCCCUCGCGCAGCGCAACGCCCCGCGUGCAGCGGAGGCGGCGACCGACGCCUGUCUGAGCCGUACGCGGGCGAACGCGCCCCGACACGCAGACUGACGCUGACGGCCGCAGCAGCCCUCGCCCCCGCCACGUGGCACCCCUCGCCCCCGCCACACCCGCGCGAGCUCGCCCGCUGUGGCGGCGCGGCGGUCACGGUAAAAGGCGCGACCGCACUGCCUCUCGGCCGCUCUAGCCGAGCCGAGGGCGCCCUCGCCCUCGCCCUCGCCCUCGUCGCCGCCGGCGUCCUGGGUCGUUGCGGUCGGUGUGGGAGGGCGUGAUCCAAACGCAACGAGCUGCUUGCGCGGGGCCGGGACGCGGGAGGAGCGCCGGGACGCGGGAGGAGCGGCGGCUGCGGCGACCGACGCCGCGCCGCGAGCAGCGGGAGCGUCAGGACGGAAGUGCGCGACACACCCUGGCGAUGGAGUAUGAACAAGACGAGCGGGAGGGCACCGAGACACAUGUUCGCCGCACCGGUGGAUGGUCCAAUGAUGGUCGUCGUGCCUGCGCCGGCGGCUAUUGCAGCGGCAGCGGCGAUCGCAGCAGCAGGGCAGCUAGCUAGGAUCACCGGCGCCUCACCCGCCCGUGGAAGCUUUGUGGCCUUGUCCGGCCACGUUGUACGGAUCAAUGUCGCCGGCGCCGAGGGAUUACAAGCCGCGCCCGCCUGAGCGAGCGGCGUCAGCCAGCCGCGCAGCGCUCGGCGAAUCUGAGUGAAUGUCGGCGGCGCGCUCGCGACAGCGCAGCGCCGCACCGUGUGCCCUGCAGAAGGCGAGCGUCGUCGCCCGGAAGGACGGCAUCGCGCGGAGCUGGCUCUAUGGACGCACGAUCAGCGCCGUCCGCGGCUCUUCCUGCGACAGGAAGCAGCAGGGGCUGUCAUGCCGCCGGAGUGGUCUCGGCACCACGUCGAACGCGCGGCGGCGGGGGAGGUCUGUGGGUCGCCAGGGCGCGUGUGCGGGCCGAGGGUGCGCCGGUGGGCGUGUGGGGUGGGGAGGGUUGCUCAGGGGCGCUCACACGCACGCACGGCGACGCACGGCGCGAUUUGCUUCGCAUGCG